UCCCAAGGGCUGCACCUGCAGUGGCCCCGCUUGGCCAGCAGAGGAGGGUGGCUGCCCACGCAGCGGCGUGGCCCCUGGCAGGUGCUCUCCGUGAGCGGGCUGAGCCAGAGCGCGGGUGCUGAGGUCAGAGGGACGGGACAGGUUUUAUUUUGGGCAUCAGUGACCUCCCCUCAGGCGCCAGGCCCAUGGUACGGCCGGACACACCAGCAGGCACUGCUGGCCAGGCGGCAGGACACAGAGGGCCUCCAACAGAGUGCCACGAUGCUCAUCUCUGCUGCCUCGACGCCCCCUGAAGCCGUGGGCCUGUGCCUCCAGGGGCCCCCUGCGCCCCCACCGCCCCUGCUACCGAAGCCCGGCAAGGACAACCUGGUUCUGCAGAAGCUUCUGAGAAAGGCGGCCCGGAAAAGGGGGGCCGGGGGAGGGCCCUCGGCCCCCACAGGGGCGUUCCGCACCUCCCUGUCCCCCGUGAGCGAGGCCAGCCACGACCAAGAGCCCACAGCCCCACACCCCACCCAGGCCCCAAGCACGGCGGCCACCCUGCCCUGCGCCCCCCACGCCCCCGUCACCCGCCGUGUGCCCUCGCCCCUGCAGAAGUCCACGCUCGCCCUCAGCUUCCCCCCGCACAGGAGCCGAACCUCUCCCCGCACGGCCCCGGGGCCCCUGCUCACAACCCCGGCCCCAGCCCGGGGACCCAGCGGCUUUGCCCGCGUCUCAGCACCCGCGGUGGGGGACACCCACAUCAGCCGGGUGCACAUCCAGCUGGUGCCAUCCCCGCGGGCCGGGGCCCCUGAGCCUCCCCCGAUGGCCCCUGAUGGGGGGUCUGGCAGCCAGGCCCGAGACACAGCCCCUUGUCCUCCUGGAACCCAGCCCCGGGUCCCGGUCGCCCACAUCCGCCCUCUUCCUACUGGGGCCCAGGUGGCCAAGCCCUGGCCGGAGGCGGCCCCUGUGCCCAGGCCGCCCCCUGGCUUCCCGGCUGUGGGGCCCAGACAGGCCAGCACCCGGGUGGUGGUGCCCAUAGCGCCUACCUAUCACUCGCCGGGGCCCUCGCCUGCCAGGCCAGCCCCUGUGGCCCCCCAGGCUGAGCACCUGGAGGAGCCCCCCACGUCUGGCCCCGCCCUGGAGCCCCAGCAGCCCCGGCUGAGUGGGUGGAUGCGCCUCAAGAAGCAGCUGAUGGAGGAGGUGGAGGAGGCCCCGUUCCUGAGGCUGGAGCGGAGCCCCAAGCAGAUGGAACAGGAGAAGACGGCCCCCACCGACCCAGCCCCCCAGUCCCUCGCCGACCCAGCCCCCCAGCCUCCCACUGACCCGGCCCUCCCACCGCCCGUGGACUUGGCCCCUCGGUCCUCCGUGGACCCGGUGCCCCGGCCCCCCGCCUCCCGGGCCUCCAAGCUGUGGGAUGCGGUUCUGUACCGCAUGUCGGUGGCCGAGUCCCACAACAGCCAGGCGGGGCCUGGGGAUGCGGUGUGCGCCCCGCCCGGCCUGGGCCGCCUGCCCUUUCUGUGCCGACCGCGCUUCAACGCCCGGAAGCUGCAGGAGGUGGCCGCCCGGCCCCCUCCCACCAUCCACUCCAUCCUGGAGCUGAGCCCCCCGCCCAAGAACUUCAACCGCACGGCAGCCGGCUGGAGGCUCCGGUGA